CUCACUGACUGCAGUAAUGAGAGACAGGUGCUGUUUAAUUGACCUGUUUAUGACCUUAUGCUUAUCAAGUGGAAAAACAGAGCCAUAGAUUUCACAACUGAAGUAUCAAACCAAAAUAUGCCCGACCUCAGCCAUUUCAACUGUUUCAUGGCAUGUCAUUAAAUCAGACUAGAUGUUUAGGACAGCUUGUUUGUGUAUGCAGAGAUGUGUUUGUGGAUCAAUCUGUCAGUUUUGAUUAGCGCAAUGGCUUGGCCGUGCAUCAGCAGAGUGUGCUGCUUGGCUCGGUUCUGGAACCAGUUCGACAAAUCGGAUUUGUCGGUUCCACUAACGAUUCAGAACUACUCUGACAUCGCGGAGCAGGAGGUGCAAUCCGUCACCAAACUCGUUUCCACGGAACGGGCGCCGAGCGUCGACUUCGUAACGCCGGAUCACGCGGCGGGUGUCCGGCGGCCGCACCGGGGACGCACGGAACCGAGUUAUAAACCCCGCGAAGAAUACCAUCCCCCGGGUGUGCCUUUCCCGAGCAUCACCCAGUACAAACAGGAUUACAAACCCUGGCCCAUCCCGAAGAAGGAUAACUUUCCCUGGAUUAGUAACGGAGGGAAAGGCGGCACUUUAACGGAUAGUCCGGUGAACGGUUACUCUAACGGAACGAGUCAUCCGCGGACGGACAGACAGGAGCGCAGCGGCAGGCAGAGAGGAGGAGAUCAGCUCAGCUCAUACAGGCAGGAGUACCAGCCGUGGUCUGGAGCUCGGCCGUCAAAGCCUGCCCCCAAACGGCCCACCUUCCUGGGUAAAGGUGCUGAUGAGCCCCCGCCAGAGACCAGCUACCAGGCGGCUUUCAGCCCGGACACACACAGACACACGGACGCCGGCAUACUGGAGACCAGCUCACACACGCAGACAGAGAGAGCACACUCACACAGGACAGACAUCAGCAUGAAACCAGAGGAGCAGAAGACUAAGCUGUCACCAAACCCAUCUGCCGUCUUUCAAAGCAAAUCUAGGAUCUUCAACAUAUGAUCCAUCAACGCGAAGCACAUAAAGAUCCACAUUCACGUCUGAGUCAGUAUUUCACUAGAAGAGGAGAACAUUUUAAAGAACUGUCGAGAGACACCUGUAUGUUGAGAAACUGGAGUUAUUCUGAAAAUCUAGGAUCGUCAGAGGAGAAGAAUGCCUGAGGAUGAAUAGAGACAUUCAAUGCAAUUGAAAAUGCUUGUUAAAAAAAAACAAAAAAACAUGGGAUUCUCUAAAUAAUUCCACUGAGGAAAUUACAAAACCAGAGGAUGUUUGCUAGAAAUUUACACAAAGUAAAAUCUAUGCAAGAGAAUGUAUGCUUCAAAUGUCAACCAUCUUCUAGAAGGAUAUGUUUUAAUACAGGUUUAAGAGUGUGAGAGACAUAGAAAUGUGUGAUUGGGAAAGUUUUCAGGCCUCAUUUUCUGCUGACCUUACCCUCUCCCAGCUGAAUGAAUAUCUGCAUGUUUCAUAAUUGUUUUAUGAAUUAACUGAAUAUGCAACAUUUAAAAAAAGGAACAAAAUGUCAUCAGGUAACUCAGUGUCUGGGGAUGUGUGUGUGUGUCCUGUACAAGCCUAUAGUUAAUGAGAUGAUUUUGUAUAUAGUGAUGUUGGUCUGCCUUUUAUUGAGCUGUUAAUAUCUGCCGGAGAAUGCCAGGUGCUUCUAAUCACCAUUUAAUGCUCCAGACCCUGCCAGCCCUUUAUGAACCCAUAUAAAGACUAGAACAUUCUGAACUGGAGGCUGUCCAAGUUUUUGUAAAUUUGGUUUAGACAUAAAUGGGAAAAAUAAAAAUGACAUUCUUUAAAUUUGUUUCCCCAUUAUUUGACUGAGAGCUGAAUAAUAUACAAAUUAUAUUGAACGGUUGUGUGAUGAAAAAAAAAAAGGUGUGUGUGUUGGGGGUUGGGGGGGUUUAGUCUAAUGUACGGAAGUCCAAUGUAUGGAAGCCCGCCAAUGAAUGAAAAAUACAGAAGAUACUUGCGAUUUUAUAUCCCACAAUUCUGACUUUUUUUCUUCUAAGAAUUGCAAGUAAUAAAAGUUGAUUUCUAAGGAGAAAAAAAUAUAUGUUCUCAGAAUUGCGAGUUUAUAUUGCACAAGUCUA